AUCGGAGAAGACGAAGAUAUGGGAGCAAUCGGGAAGCUGAUCGAUGCGAUCCUAUUCGUAUUCUUCGCUCUGAUAGCGGUUAUCGCGCCGCUCAUCGACGGACAGACGGCGCUUCCCAAAUCAAUUUUCCCGCCUUUCCUCACCGAUCUGAAAACCGGUUACAUCGCCGAGUUCGGAGACUACUUGCUCAUGGAGAAGCCGCAUUUCCUCGUCGGACUCGUCUGGCACGAGCUCGUGUUCUUGUGGCCGCUCUCCAUCGCUAACGUCUACGCGAUUCUCGCGGGAAAAUCGUGGUUCGGUACCACCUGCUUGCUUUACGGAGCUUCCCUCGUCGCUUCCAUGGCUGCAAUCCUUGGAGAGAUGAUAGGUUCGGGGAAGGCAUCUGAGAGGUUGCUGUUGAUGUAUGUUCCUUUCAUGGGUAUUGGGAUUCUUGCGGUUCUUCGUGGUUUGGUCUCUAGUUCAAACAAGAGCUCCGGAUCGGUUGGAAAGAGAUAUACUAUUAUGCCUAGGAGAAAGCUUGCUUGAGGGUGAUGUUCUCAUUUGAUAAGUUUUUAUUUUUUUAUCUCUUUUCUUUAUCACAUUGUGUUGAUUAUUUUGGGAUUCUGUUCAAGCUAUUUUUUUUCUCUCAGCAACAGUUAAUGAUAGUGUUUCCUUGGUUGGAAUCAAAUUCAUGCU